UUCUAUCAUUUAACAGUCAGAGCUCAUCACUUAACAGUGAGUGCUCUGCUAAGCUGCGCGUAACUGUUGCCUUUUGUUUUGUUCGUUUUUUAACAAAUCGAAUGAAAUAUCUUUGUUUAUCACGGAUUUUCAAUAUCGUAUUGAAUUUCUUCACGUGCGGAUUGGUGGCAGAUCACUUGACGGAGCAACUUAACCCGUAAAACCGCCUGAAAAGAGCUCUUCCUCUUGGAGACUGGGAUGUGCGCAAAUCAUUUAAAUUUUGGACACUUCCGUGUGAUUCGGAUUCCUCGGGUGUCCAUUCCAUUGCUAGCCUUAUCAAAGGGUCAACCUGUCAAGGAGUAACCAGUGGAAUUCUAUUUUGGCAGCGAUAUGUUCGCUUACACCCACGUCUUAUGGCUCCUUCUGCUUCUUGUGGCAAGCGCAUGCGCGCGGCCAGAAACAACGCAGGACCCACCGCCCCAUGGCGAGCACUUCUCUCUACGUCCCCAAUCUCGUGCGUCGCUGGAGGAAAGUGCGCAGGGGACAGGCAUACUUGAUCCCAUCUUGAGGGCUGAUAAUGUUGCAGCAAGCGAAACUACCACGCCAUUUACUCUGGCCGAGAUGACGGCGCAAAGUACGUCAAAUGCAGGAGUUGUAACAGAAACGACAACAACAACAACAACCACGGUCUCGACCACGUCUACGACAUCUACCUCGACGACUUCGGCCGCUCCCCUACCGCCAGCUGCUCCUGAGCAACCGGAGUACCAGAAACACUGCUUUUACGCCGAGGAGCAGCUAUGUGGACACGCUUUCGACGGACGAACGGAUGGCAUCGAGGGCCAGGCCUUGACACCGCAGCAAUCGGAAUCUCAGAAUAGAGGAGCACAGGGAAAUAGUCAAUGCCAGUGUAAGGAGCACCCGACGAGACCCAACUCCUGGUAUUGCUGCAACAUAUCACAACUGACGAUGAUCUCGAGCUGCAGUAAUACAUCAAAGUGGAUCAAUCUGCAUGUGCGCAACAUGACUAUGGAGGACAUGGACCUGUCCAAUCCAAUUUUCCGAUCGCUGCAAUCCCUUGCCGUUACGGACGGCAAUAUCACGCGACUGGUGAACGCUUUUCCCCGACUUUCUGCCCUGAAAUGUCUGAACAUAUCGAACAAUAAUAUCUCAGAGAUCCAUUCGCGGGCAGUCAAAGAUGUGCCCCAUCUAGAGUUCUUUGGCAUGUCAAACAACAAUCUGUCGCUGGUGCCUCAUCGGAAUCAGAACAAGAACAUUACGCUGGAUAUCAGUGGCAAUAUGCGAAUGUUAUGUACCCCGCUGAAUGAAAUCAUCUACAACGAAUCCAUCAACUUCCUGAAACCCCAGCACUCGUACUGCCAAUACAAUGCCACCCGUACAUGGUUCCAAUCUACGGACAAGGUAUCCGUGGAGCAGCUGGUGAACAGAAAACGAUGUUUGACCAACUGUCCGGUGAUCCCAAACUACGGCAGCUGCAAUUGCACAAUGGAAAACAGCAUGAUCAUACAGGAUAAUCAGUCAAAGCCCCAGUGUCAUGUCGACUGCUCCAACUUGGGACUGGUGGAGCUGCCGAAAAGAUUGCCGGACAACACGUUUAUGCUCAAUAUUACCAACAACAAGAUUACCAGCCUGGGCGAUUACUUCCAGACGAAUCCCACCUACCAUAACAUCAACCGACUUUUGGCUGACAACAACCAGAUAUCCUCCAUUUACGAGUUCGAAGGUACCAAGUUCAUCGAAACCUUCCAGCGCAUCUACAUGCGGAACAAUUCACUGAGCAAGAUUCCAGAGUAUUUCCUAAACAAUGCCCUGAUGGACUCGGGCCUGGGUCGUCGUAUCUACUUGGCUGGCAAUAAGCUACAGUGCGACUGCAACUCGGCCAAAACGUUGCAAAACUGGCUAAAGGAGCGCAGCUCUGACAUACCCGACUACAUGGAGAUACGCUGUCGUAAUAUACCCCAGAGAGUCAUUGAGUUGGAGGAGGCCAAGUUGUGUCAAUCCCCACCCGACUGGACGGAUUAUAUUUACUAUUUGAUUGCCGCCGAGGUCAUGUUAUUAUUAGCACUAAUUGCCAAGGUGUCCUACGACUAUAGGGUCUUCAAGACCGCCGGCUAUCUGCCAUGGCCAGCUAGCAAGAUGCCCAAAUUACCCUGCGAUUGGCUGUGCGAAUCUUAGAGUUGUUUUUUUUUUUUUUUUCAUAGAGAGCGAAAGUAGGUUGACUAGGUCUUAGUUCGACCAUGACACAAUCGCAUGACAGAAGAACGUAUAUCUUCGUACGUGUUUUACCUAUCCGACUUUGGAACAUUGUGCCUUCUAUAUAGAUAUAUAUAUACAUAUAUACAUAUGUGAACGAUUUUUGUUGUUUUUUAGAGUUAAGAACUGUAUGGAUGUACUUGUCGUAAUGUUGUGGGUGAAUCUGGAAAUAUAAACAGAGUAAUGUUUGGAUUA